GGAGGAGGAGCAGGAGGACGAGGGUCCUGUCGGAACCUACUGCUGUGUCCGCGGCGCUCCGUCGGAGUAGUUUGAGCGGCACACCGCGGUGACGGCUCGGAGCAGCUGAAGGUCUGCGAGGAAGAUGAGCACCAAACAGGUGACCUGCAGGUACUUCCUCCAUGGCGUGUGCAGGGAGGGCAGCCGCUGCCUCUUCUCUCACGACCCGAGCACCAGCAAACCCUCCACCAUCUGUAAGUUCUACCAGAGAGGAGCAUGCGCCUAUGGAGAGCGCUGCAGGUAUGAUCACAUCAGGCUGUCAUCCAGAGGAGGAGGAGGGGGCGGAGCUUCAGAGAACCUGACAGGAGGAGGAGGAAGCAGGGUUGGCAGAGGCGGAGCCAAGAAGACGCUGGUGCUGAGAGACAGAGUGCUUGGGGUCGAUGACACGUUUGGGAGUCCAUCAGAGAGCUCAGGGUCAGAGCUCACGGCAGCGGCGGCUCCUCAGUCUUAUGUGGACGCCAUCAGGACAGGUCUGGAUGCCUCAGCCCAGGAACAAGCUCCUCACCCAGGAGGCGGAGCCUACCCAGACCUCCCCCAGCUGUGUCCCUAUGCUGCCACCGGCCAAUGUGUCUUCAAGGACAGCUGUACGUACCUCCAUGGCGACCUGUGUGAGGUGUGUCGCCUGCAGGUGCUCCACCCCCACGACCCCGAGCAGAGGAGAGCGCACGAGAAGAUAUGUCUGCUGGCCUUCGAGGCCGACAUGGAGAAGGCGUUCGCGGCUCAGCUCAGCCAGGACAAGGUGUGCUCCAUCUGCAUGGAUGUGGUGGUGCAGAAGGCAAACCCGUCUGACCGCCGCUUUGGCAUCCUGUCCUCCUGCAGUCACAUCUUCUGUCUGGCCUGCAUUCGAAAGUGGCGCUGCACCCGAAACUUCCACAACAAGAUCAUCAAGUCGUGCCCACAGUGUCGGGUCAUCUCAGAGUUCGUCAUCCCUUCGGUGUACUGGGUGGAGGACCAGGAUGAGAAGGACCACCUUAUUGAACUCUUCAAGUCUGGAGUCAGCAAGAAGGCCUGUAAGUACUUCGAUCAGGGUCGCAGCUCGUGUCCUUUUGGUGGGAAGUGUUUGUACCUCCAUGCCUUCCCGGAUGGAACUCGGGCGGAGGCCGAGCGCCCGCGGAAGCAGCUGAGCUCCGAGGGGAACGUGCGGUUCAUGAACAGCGUCCGCCUGUGGGACUUCAUUGAGGAGCGCGAGCAGCGGUCUGUCCCACACCUGCCGUCCUUUACUGAUGACAUCACAGAACUGAGGGAGCUCUUCAUGCAGAUGUCGGGGCCGAGCCACGAAGACGAGUCGGAGACCCCGCCCGCUGCUGACCAGUAAUCUCUAUGGUAACCUGUGCCGGAUCCACAUCAGAUCAUGUCAUCACACUUUGUGUUCGCAAGUUUGAUUCCCGAGAGGUGACGGCAGUUAAUUUAUUGUGUACAUGAGUAAAUACAGUAAAUACA